AUGGGUCCUCCGAGUCUGUCAAAGGACCUUAGGAUGGUGUCUGAUGUGGUGGGUACUUUAGGAUACUUGGAUCCGGAUUAUUUCUUCAACAAGGUGCUGACCGAUAAAUCCGACGUCUACUCUUUUGGUGUGGUACUGUUUAGAGUACUCUGUGCCAGAAGUGCAGUGAGACCUGAAUUGGUGACACAUGAGGGGCAUCUAGCUUCCUGGGCCCGAAAAUGCAUACAAGAAGGGACUAUUUAUCAAAUCAUUGAUCCGUAUCUAAAGGGUAAGAUAGCUCCAGAGUGUUUCAAGAUAUACAUGGACAUUGCCAAUUCUUGUGUACGAAAUAAGGGAAAGGAUCGUCCCAUGAUUACUGAAGUGGAGGUAGUACUUGAACAUGCACUGGAGCUACAAGAGAGCGCAGAUGCUGCGAGAGAGGAUGUGGAUCCUGGUGGUGGUGGUGAUCGAUAUAAGUAUCCCAUUGUUGAAUAUACCUGCAUUGCUUCUCCGCCUGAAUCUGAGGGAUCACCUGAAUCUGAGGGAUCUAUUUCAGAUUCUGAUAGCACCACAUCAGCUGAAUUGUCCUUGGAUGCCACCAUAGAAAGCCCAAACGGCCAAUGA